GCAGUAGGGGGGUCUCUCUCUCGUCUAGUCGGGGACCAAAGGGAGGCAGGCUGCCUGGGUCGGAGGGGCUGGCCGCGUUGGACGCACCCUUCCCGGGGUGAGGCUGGGCUGAAGCGCCGCUGUGCUGGAGGAUGCUGCUGGAGUAGAGCGGGACCGAGCGGAAGAUGGGGAAGGACCAGGAACUGCUGCAGGCGGUGAAGACCGAGGACCUGCUCACCGUGCAGAAGCUGCUGCAGAGGCCCCGGCCCGGGAAAGCGAAGCUCCUUGGUUCUGCAAAGAAAGUAAAUGUCAACUUCCAGGACACUGAUGGGUUUGCUGCACUGCACCAUGCGGCCCUCAAUGGGAACCUGGAGCUCAUCUCUAUUCUGCUGGAAUCACAGGCUGCUGUCGACAUCAGAGACCAAAAGGGCAUGCGGCCGCUGCACUACGCGGCCUGGCAGGGGAAGGCGGAGCCUAUGAAGAUGUUGCUGAAAUCUGGUUCGUCAGUCAACGGCCAAUCAGACGAGGGGCAGAUUCCUCUCCACCUGUCAGCGCAGCACGGACACUACGACGUGUCCGAGAUGCUGCUGCAGCACCAGUCCAACCCAUGUAUCGUGGAUAAUGCAGGGAAAACCCCUCUGGACCUGGCCUGUGAGUUCGGCAGAGUUGGGGUGGUCCAGUUAUUGCUCUCCAGCAACAUGUGUGCUGCUCUGCUGGAGCCUAAACCAGGAGACUCCACUGACCCCAACGGGACGUCCCCUCUCCACCUGGCCGCCAAGAACGGCCACAUAGACAUCAUCAGACUGUUGAUCCAGGCCGGUAUAGACAUCAACAGGCAGACCAAGGCGGGCACUGCCCUGCAUGAAGCUGCCCUCUGUGGCAAGACCGAGGCAGUGAGACUCCUGCUGGACAGUGGUAUCAAUGCUACAGUGAGAAACACAUACAGCCAGACUGCUCUGGACAUCGUCUACCAGUUUACUGCAACACAGGCCAGCAGGGAAAUCAAGCAACUACUGAGAGAUGCAUCAGCAGCCCUUCAGGUUCGGGCUCUGAAGGAUUACUGCAACAACUACGACCUGACCAGUCUCAACAUCAAAGCAGGAGAUGUCAUUACGGUUUUGGAGCAGCACCCUGAUGGACGCUGGAAAGGCUGUAUCCACGACAACCGAACAGGAAACGACCGUGUGGGCUACUUCCCUUCCACCAUGGUGGAGGUCAUCAGCAAGAGGACAGGUUUGGCCAGCACAGUCAUUUGCACUCAACAGUUUCAAAAGAUACCGCUGGUUCCCCCGGCGACGGUUGCCCAUGCCAACGCGGUAGUCAACGGCAACGACACCACGUUCCAUCAGAUCCAUAUCCUGCCUCCACCGCCUCCUCCACCACCACAUUCCCAUCAGCCACUGCUUCCACUUUUCACUUCCUUUGGCUAUAACAGGUCGCCCGUGACAACCCCACAGGGAGACACACCCACAGCCCCAGGUGGGGACCGCAGCAGUGUGGGUAGUUCUGGAAGUGUGACCAGCGUGAGGUCGUCAGGAAGUGGCCAGAGUGCCGGCAGCGCUGCACACAUCCUCCAUGCACAAGCUGAGGGUGUUAAGCUCCUGGCCACAGUUUUGUCCCAGUCUGCCAAAGCCAAGGAGCACCUGCUGGAGCAGUCCAAGUCUCUGGAACAGACCACAGUAGGCUCGGCUGCCUCCUCUCGUACGUCGAGCCAAUCGGGAUGUCCACUCCACGAAGCCCCGCCCUACGAUGCCACGGCAACCAGGAAAGGGGAGGGGCAAGGCGAAGGGAAGAGCUCAGAGGCCGUUGUCCAAUGGCUGAGCGACUUUCAGCUGCAGGUCUACGCUCCAAACUUCCUGGGCGCUGGGUAUGACUUGCCCACCAUUAGCCGAAUGACCCCGGAGGAUCUGACGGCGAUUGGAAUAACCAAGCCCGGCCACAGGAAGAAGAUAACAUCAGAGAUUAACAAGCUAAGUGUCACUGAAUGGCUGCCUGACCAGAAACCUGCCACCCUUGGAGAGUGGCUGUCUGCCAUUGGCCUAAGCCAGUACCACCAGGUGUUGGUGCAGAACGGCUAUGAGAACAUCGACUUCAUCGCAGACAUCACCUGGGAGGACCUGCAGGAAAUAGGCAUCACCAAGUUGGGCCACCAGAAGAAGCUGAUGCUGGCGGUGAAGCGGCUGGCUGAAAUGCAGCGCAGCUCGGAGGGGCGGGGCUCCCUCAGGAAGAAGCCCCCGCCAAUCACACAGCAGCAGGACGUCAUGUCCAUUGACAGCCCGCCCCCUGACGAGGUCAUGUCUCCUAAGAUGAGCACCUUCCAGGACAGCGAGUUGAGCACUGAACUACAGAGCGCUAUGACUCAGCCCGGCCCGGAGGUCAAAAGUCAGCGGACCCGUAGCCUCAGCAAGGACCAUGAUGACAUGGUGUCAGGAGGGGGAGGGGGGCCGCCUAAGAAGGAGGCACGGACCAUGAGGCAGCAGAGCAGCCAGAGCAGCACCUCGUCCCACAGAGGCAGCGUUUCCUCUCAAGGCAAACACCGUCAUUCCCACUCCCACUCCCAGCCCGCACCUCCCUACACUCCUCCUCACACCCCGACCAAGACCCGAACCUCCUCCUCCUCCUCCACCUCCUCUGUCCAGAGCGCAGCUUCCCCCCAGGCAAAACCCAAGCCGUCUUCCCAGCUCAUCCAGGCAGAGAGGCCCCAUUCGCCACGCUCACACCCCCCUCAGUCUCCGACCCACCGUGGAGCUCCGUGCACCCAGGUUCAGUCACAGCCACAGCCACAAGUCCCGCCGCAGCACCAGGCCCACCCGCAGCACCAGGCCCAUCCACAGCACCAGGCCCACCCGCGAGACCAGGCCCAUCCACAGCACCAGGCCCACCCGCGAGACCAGGCCCACCCGCGAGACCAGGCCCAUCCACAGCACCAGGCCCACCCGCGAGACCAGGCCCACCCGCGAGACCAGGCCCAUCCACAGCAACAGGCCCACCCACAGCACCAGGCCCACCCGCGAGACCAGGCCCAUCCACAGCACCAGGCCCAUCCGCAGCAACAGGCCCACCCACAGCAACAGGCCCAUCCGCAGCAACAGGCCCACCCACAGCAACAGGCCCACCCACAGCAACAGGCCCAUCCACAGCACCAGGCCCACCCACAGCAACAGGCCCACCCACAGCAACAGGCCCACCCACAGCAGCACCCUCAGGCCCAGGUUAUGGAGGUCAGGGAGAGACCUGUGGCGGAGCCCCAGGUCUCCGUUCCAGUCCUCUGCCUCCCACCAGAGGCUGAGCUGGUGGACGGAGGGGGAGCAGAGCCCUCCGCCCUGCAGAAGAAACGUGCCCACAGCCUGAACCGCUAUGCCAUCUCAGAUGGUGAGUGUGAUGAGAGGGGAGGAGGAAGAGGAGGAGGAUCAGAGGUGCCAGGAGGUCAGGGCUCAGCUGCCAUUGAAGGGGGAGGAGUCAAAUACGCCACGGUGACCCACCGUGUCAGCCGCAGCCACUCCGUCCGCAACCAGGACAAGAACGUCAACCGCAGCCAGUCGCAGUCCUUUGCUCUGCGGCAGAAGAAGAAAGGCCCACCCCCACCACCACCCAAACGCUCCAGCUCAGCCAUCUCCAGCUCCAACUCCAACCUAACAGACGCCAAUGCACAGCCGCCGGCUCUCAACACCACAGGCGGGAUGCUGGAUGUGCCCUACCACCAGCAGCGGCGGGCCAGCGACUUGGGCGUCUCUGUGGAGACGGCAGCCGUGGAAACAAACAGUAUGGGCAGCGUGAGGAGCAUUGCUGCCAUGUUGGAGAUGUCCUCCAUAGGGGGUGGACCCAAAGGGAUGGCCCUGCAGAGGAAUUUCCUGCAGGUGGGGAAGGCACGGGAUGCCAUCGGUCUGGAUGGUGAGGUGGUGAACCGACGGCGGACCAUCAGCGGCCCCGUCACCGAGCUCGUGGCAGCUGCUAGGAGAGACCAGCCCUCACCUUCCCCCGCCCCCUCCGCCCAGCCUGAAGCUUCCCCUCACCCUCCAUCCCCCCCACAUCCUCCAACCUCCUCGCCCCCGCCCCACCCUCCAUCCUCCCCCCACCCUAGCUCAGGGGGCAGCGGCAGUUCUUCGGAGAAUCUGCCAUUCGCUGAGGAGGGAAGCCUAACCAUUCGCCGCCAGGGACGAGGAGAAGGAGAGGGACAGGGCGACGGACAGGGUCCCCAGGGUGACGGUGAGGUUCUCCAGGGAGACGACGGCUACACAGAGGAAGACCUGUCCGGGGUGGACGCCACAGCGACCCUAAAGCGGCGCUCCCGCAGCUCCAAGCCCCAACCCAACGGCUCCCGCUUCACCCUCCAGGAGUCGUCCACCGUCAAACGACGACCCAAGAGUCGCGACAAAGAGCCUGAGGGCUUCCCAGACCUCGCUGGGACCAAUGGAGAACCCAUUUCCACCGGGCCGCCUAACACCUCGCAGCCUGUGCCCUACCAGAACGGGACGGCCACUGUGAAACGUCGUCCUGUGUCAGACGCUGGAGUGACAGAGCAGCCCCAGCCUCAGCCUCAACCUCAACCCCAGCACCACCCCCAGGCUCAGCCCCAGACCGCUGCUUCCCGCCGGGACAGUGUUGACCAGGGAGCUCCAGUGGGCACCGAAGGAGGUCCAGUGAGAAAGCCCAAGCCUCCAGUUUCCCCCAAGCCCGUCCUGGCCCAGAUGAAAAGGCAGGGAGGCCCUCAGACACCCCCACAGACCGUGUCCAACAAGCGAGUCCCACUGCCAGGUCCUGGGACACCUGGAAGCCCAGGUGACGGAAAGAAGAUUCCUCCCCCGGUCUCACCCAAACCGGCGCCCCCGCCCACCGCCCCCAAACCGGCCAAGCUCAUCCACUCCUUGACCAGCCCUCCCUCCCCGACGCCGACCCCUCCUGCCCCGGUCAAGCAGCACUCCGUGCCGGCCCGACAGGGCAGUUCUCCCCCCUCCCUCCCCCACUCCAACACCCCCAGCCCGCCCAGCACCAAGCCGACCAGUCCGCCCGCCCAGAGCCCCCACACCCCCAUCACCCCGACCACGCCCCAGACACCCCAGACUCCCCAAACCCCCGCCACCCCCAGCCCGACCCCUCCGCCUGUCAAGCCCCCUCGCUCCUCCAUCGGGGGUGUGUCGCUGGACAGCGGGACGACAGGAGGCGGGGUCCCAUCGGGAGGCGGGGUCACCACGACACCAGAUUUUGUGGUGGAUUCCUUGGUGCAUCAGAAGCUGGAGGAGACGAGUGCGUCGCUGGCCGCGGCGCUGCAGGCCGUGGAGGAUAAGAUACUGCGGCAGGAGGACUCUGUGGCCGAGCAGAAGACCACCGUCAGCAUCCUCGACGACAUCGGCAGCAUGUUUGACGACCUGGCCGACCAGCUGGACGCCAUGUUGGAGUAACCUUGACAACCAGUCAGCAUGUCUCCAUGGCAACGCCGCAUCAGGAGUGACUCAGAAGGCACAACAGGCAAUACGCCUCGCUCAAUCUCUCUUUCUCUCUCUCUCUCUCUGCUCUCUUCGUCCAUCUCUCUCCACCGUGCUCAUCCCCUCUCGCUCGUUUAUCGCUCCACGAUCAUCCAUCGCCACGCUGGAAAUGAGGAAAAACUCCCCUCUUCUUCCUCUCUUCUUCCUUUCCAUUUCCUGCUGAUAGUGAGGAUGACGCUGAUGAUGAUGAUGGUGCAGCAGCAGCACAGGCCCGGACAGAGAAGUGGCCUGUUGACAACCUCAUGACAGAGAGAAGAACACAGAGAGAGAGGAAUGGAUAAAGAGAAAGACGCUAAAGAGGAGAAUAUAAGGACCAAAAAAAAAAAAAAAAAAAACAACUGACAAGGAGCGCAAAAGCUAAAUAAAUAAAUAAAUAAACAAACCACAAGAUGGAGAGACAGCGGAGAAAAGCAACAAAAUGGAGGUGAACGAAAUGGCAAAACAGGAGUCUUUAAAGAACUCGCGUCCAAGUGGACUCUCCGAGCCGUCGCGGCCAACAAACAAACAAAAACAAAGGAACAUUGAUUUAAAAACCAACCGUGUAAUGAAUCAUAGUAUGGUAUGUGUACAUUGUAAGCAUGGAGAGUUUAUAUCUACUGAAAAGUCCUGCAUUAGCACAGUAAUAUAUAAUAUACCGAUAAAUAUGAAUCUCUAGCUCUUUGGUUUGAUGUCUUGGUUCUGUGUGGAAUGGUGCCCUCUGGUGUUGUGAUGAUGUAAAUGACUUGGUGGAAAUUUUAUCUAUGACCAAAACGAGACUAUUCUGCUCCUGAGGUGUGCGUGUGCGUGUGUGUGUGUGUGUGUGUGAGUGAGUGAGAGAGACGGUGUGAUUGAUGGAUGUGUGCACCAGAAGGCAUUCAGAUUAAACAUGUGGAUUAUCCAUAUUCCACGAUCAAGUUCAAUUUCCUCGUCCUGUUGCUGUCCUGGCUGCAUCCAUACUCUCUGCUUUCCUCUGCUUUCAUCCCCCAUCCUCACCCCCAACACACACACACACACAGGAGAAGCACAAAGACUCAUGCAGCCAGCUUGCACACACACACACACACACACACACACGGGAGCCUGCACAACUAGCGGGGGAGAGAGAGAGGCAGGGAGGGAAAUGUGUUUUAAAGUGGAUUACGGUUACAGCAGGUUGGCUCUGGAAGCAGACGGUUGGGCUUUGGGGGGUAAGAAGGCACCACAGGCAGGUUUUAGGUUGCCGGUGAGCUUUGGAGGAGGAUUUGAGGGUGCAGCCGGGGGUCUUGGGAUGAGCACUUGGAAGGUUUUAGCAGGGUGAGGUUGACUCAGCGGUGAUUCAGUGCAGAGGGAGCGUGAGGGUCAGAGCGGGGACGACAGGCGUGUCAUGUAGGACGGGAUCAUCACCAAGCGGUUUUCGGGAGGAUGAGCUUCAGGGUCAAAGAUCGGGCUGAAAUUGGCUGUGAAGAAAUUCGAAUAAGCAGGAAACAGGAAGAGUUCAUUCUGCCAAUGAAAUGAGCCGGAUCCAAUCGUUUCAAAUCAUUCCUCAGAGAAAUUAACAGUUGGCGCUGUCAUCAAUUAUCAAGAAAUUUCAGGGUUCCCACUCUCCCUCGAGCAUCAAAUUCAACAGCAUUUUUAAUGGUUAAUUUUUCUAAUGUUUAUAUUUAUAAUAUAAUGUAAUAUAAUAUUUAAUUCAAUAAAAGUCAAGGUCGUGUUUUAGGGGAAAAGAUGGUCAAAAUGAGCUGUUCUGGACCCUCACUUGAAGUGAUUUUGUCCUCAGGACCCUGAUAUGAAAAGAGAUAUUUGUUUGUGUUUAUUAUGGAAUUGUCUAGGUGUCACACUUUUCAAAUAAAUCCAAAGCGGUGAGAUUAAAAAAAUUUACCAUUUGUGUUGUAGCAACGUCUAGUGAAGCCAUGAAAUCUGAACAAAUCCACUUGAUUGUUUUUUCAAAAUUAUGGGGGAAAAGCCAAAGGGGCAAUUAGCAAAAACUGGAACAUAGUUUUUUUUUUUUAAAAAAAAUUACAAAGAAAUAAAAUAAAAUAAAAUACUGGAUCCUUCAUUUGAAUAAACAAAUUCAACCAAAUUUCCAGCGCAGGAUUUCCCUCAGGAUGUGAUGUGUUAAUUGUAGGGUGCAUUAUUUUAAUUUUAAAAAAUUCUUUCAAGGCAUUCUAUUCAUUUAAAAAAUGUAUAAAACAUUAUUGUAUUGUGCAUAGAGCCACAAACAGUCAAUUUAUGGUUUUCAAGGCUCAUGGAAGACUUUUUUUUUUUUUUCAAAUCAUAAAAUUAGGGUGUUUCAGUUCAUAAAAAUCAAUGCACACUUUUUAGCGUUUAGUGUUUAUAGGCACUGAAAGGGAAAGAAGCAAUCUGAUAGGACGGAUGACAGUGGGAAAAAACUUAUAACUUCCUCUCUCUCUCUCUCUCUCUCUUUUCUUCUUCUUCUUCUUCCUCUUCUUCUUCUUCUCCUCCUCCUCCCUGGCAGUCCUCUCUCUCUCUCUCUCGUCCCACCCACCCACCCCAGCCCGUGUUGCCAUGACAAUCUGCAUCAUGAUCACCACCGCCAUCUUCAUCGUCAGAGCCAUGCUUACUGUGCAGUGUGUUGCCAUGGCAGUGUGUGUUCCUGGGAUGAAUAUGUGUUGAGACGGAGCAAGAGGCGGCAGAGACCUGUGAAAGCUAGACUGUUUGGUGUCGGCUCCCCAAACCGACCACAAGCCUGAGGAGGAAAAAUAAAUAAAUAAAUAAAUAAAUAAAUAACAUUUUAAAAAACCAAGGUGCAACAUGCUGUCUCUUUGCACCUCCGUCCCGACAGGAACAGCCUAGUUUUCACAGUCGCACGGCGGCCACUUCCCUUCCAUACAAGAGAAUAAGAAUUCAGAGAAUAGUUGUGGUAUUUAAAUUAUGAUCAUAUAGAGAUUAUAUAUAUAUGGAUAUUUGCAAAAAAAAAAUUAAAUAAAAAAAAGUGUAUUUAUGAUGUAUGUGUCAUCCUGAAGGCUAUUUUUUAAAGAUUUAACGACAGAUCUAAUCUGAGUGUCCAAUCCGUUUGCUUCUCCAUGCUUUACUGGUCUGAGAUGAUGAAUUAUUGUAGGGGAUAUUUGUUAUUUCCAGCUUUCUCUCUCUAUUUUAUUAUUAUUUUAUUUUUUUGGAUUUGUUUCUCUGCCUACAUGUGUCCAGGUGUGGCGAUGUUGUAUAAUACAAAUACUUCUGGUUCCUUUCUCUUCUUCUUUUGUAUUGUUUUUGAUGCAAAAGUCAGUGAUUUCUUUGAAACAUGUGCCUUGCUUCGUGGUUUCGGUCUGACUUGCAGUGCCCGGUGGGUCGGUGUGGACAGUGUAUGGGCAUCUCUCUCAUCUCUCUCACUCUUUCUCUAUAUAAGCUGAUGUGUUUUAACCUAAAAAACCCUCUAUCUCUCGAAUAAAGUGGGACACCUCACAUAUAAGAUCAUCAGACCGUAGAAAAAUUUAAGUAAUCACCACUGACAGUUUCCCCUGCCCCCACUUGCUGUGCUGUUAAUCACAAUCAGUGUUAAAAAAAAAAAAAAAAAAAAAAAAAAAAAAAAUUCCUCUAGUCCCAAAGUCCUAAUCUGUAAUCUAUAACAACAUGCUCUCCAUGCUGAAGGGCCCAGCCGGGGGUCCAAUCAGGGGUCCAAGUGAGCCUCAGUGUAUUAGUAUGACACCUAAAGGAACACUUCACAAAAAACGAUAUAUUUUGUAUCAUGAAUUUACAACGUGUUGUUUUGAAUGUUUGCUGGAAAAACAAAACAAAACAAAAAAAAAAAAAAUAAGAGCCACCUCUCCAUCUUUGUCCAACUUCAUCGCUUGCCAGCCUUCAAGUUCAAGUUGUGAAUGCACACUGCUUGCCGCAACAUUUAAA